GAGAGCAAGAGGGAGGGAGGUUCACAAGGGCGAGUUCACUUCAUUUCAGAGCAAGUGGACACUAACUUUUUUAAAUCUUUUUAACCCCUAAAGUCUCAGCCCUCUUCAUUGCUCUGAUUGUCCCAAUUAAUUCUCACAGAAUGAAAGAGGGUAAGAGUGUCGAUCGCUGUUGUUAGGAGUUAGAUCAAACCAGAACAGUGUUUUCUCUCUGGAGCUGUGGAUUGGGACUCUAGCAUGUCUUCUUCCAGCCCUGAGAGUGAGAGCGACCAGUGCAACUCUACAGAGGACCUGACUGGUGCAGGUGGUCCACCGGACGGAGCUGAGUCUCCCGCUCAGCCCAGCGGAGCUGUCAUGCUGCCCAAAGCCGACACGGAAUCUUUGGGACUCGUUCGAUCGCAUGGAGAACAGGGGCACAUGCAAAGGAAUAUGCAAGCCCCCCACUAUAAAAUGAUGGACUACUCGUAUGACGAAGACUUGGAUGAGAUGUGUCCGGUUUGUGGCGACAAGGUUUCUGGAUACCACUAUGGGCUGCUCACCUGCGAAAGCUGCAAGGGCUUCUUCAAGCGCACGGUUCAGAACAACAAGCGAUACACAUGUAUAGAGAACCAGAGCUGCGCCAUCGACAAGACACAAAGAAAACGCUGCCCUUACUGCCGCUUCCAGAAGUGCCUUACCGUCGGCAUGAAGCUGGAAGCUGUCAGGGCGGACCGCAUGCGUGGCGGCCGCAACAAAUUUGGCCCCAUGUACAAGCGCGACCGGGCGCUCAAGCAGCAGAAAAAGGCACUGAUCCGCGCCAACGGCCUGAAGAUCGAGGCCAUGACCCAGGUGAUGCAGGCGGUGCCCACCGACCUCACCAUCUCCUCUGCUAUCCAGAACAUCCACCAGGCAGCUUCCAAGGGCCUGCCGCUCAGCCACCACGGUCACCCGCACCACGCCGCCCUGCCCCACACAGACUACGACCGCAGCCCCUUCGUCACGUCGCCCAUCAGCAUGGCCAUGCCCCCGCAUGCCGGCUCCCUCCAGGGCUACCAGGCAGCCUACGGCCACUUCCAGAGCACCCGCACCAUCAAGUCCGAGUACCCGGACCCGUACACCAGCUCGCCCGAAUCCAUCAUGGGCUACAACCCGUAUAUGGACGCGUACCAGACGGGCUCGCCGCCCAGCUUCCCGCACCUCAUCGUGGAGCUGCUGAAGUGCGAGCCUGACGAGCCCCAGGUGCAGACCAAGAUCCUGACCUAUCUGCAGCAGGAGCAGGCCAGCCGGGGGAAGCACGAGAAACUCAACACAUUCGGCCUAAUGUGCAAGAUGGCCGACCAGACGCUGUUCUCCAUCGUGGAGUGGGCCCGGAGCAGCAUCUUCUUCCGCGAGCUCAAGGUGGAUGACCAAAUGAAGCUCCUCCAGAACUGUUGGAGCGAGCUCCUCAUCCUCGACCACAUCUUCCGUCAGGUGAUGCACGCCAAGGAAGGCUCCAUCCUAUUGGUCACCGGCCAGCAGGUGGAUUACGUUGUAAUUGCCUCCCAAGCCGGAGCCACUCUCAACAACCUGAUGAGCCACGCCCAGGAGCUGGUGGGCAAGCUGCGCUCUCUGCAGCUGGACCAGAGGGAGUUUGUCUGCCUCAAGUUCCUGGUGCUGUUCAGCUUGGACGUGAAGAACCUGGAGAACUUCCACCUGGUGGAAAGCGUCCAGGAGCAGGUGAACGCGGCACUGCUGGACUAUGUCAUGUGCAACUACCCUCAGCAGACAGACAAGUUUGGCCAGCUGCUCCUGCGGCUGCCUGAGAUCCGAGCCAUCAGCCUCCAGGCCGAGGAGUACCUGUACUACAAGCACCUGAACGGAGACGUGCCCUGCAACAACCUGCUCAUCGAGAUGCUACACGCCAAGAGAGCCUGAUGAGACUGCAGGCGGGACACUGGACCCUGAACUAGUUUUUGCGGUUUUGUUUGUUGAGACUCCAGCCCUUACCCGACUCAGAACAAACUCUGCCCAUGUUAGAGCUAGACUUUGUGAUUCUGGGGCGGGAGGCAUCAGUCCUUUUCCUUCAUCGUAAUGAUCAACCAUCCUGGCACACAAACAGGAAAAAACACAUGCAGAAACUGACACCCACACUUAUAAAUGCUGUGUAUGCACACACACACACGUAUGCAAAACACAUAUGCAAAAGCACACACGUUCAAAUUCAUACAAUAUGCAUAUUACACACACACACACACACACACACACACACACACACACACACACACACACACACACACACACACACACACACACACACACAACCUUUACUCUAAGACAGGUGUGUCUGGGGCCCUGGGUAAAGCUGUGAGAGACGGAGAGAAGCAG